AUGAUUCACAAAUGUUGGAAAAUUUAUUUAAAACUUCACGUUUGUUUUUACUUUUACUGGCGGCAAUUUAAAUUCAUUUUCUUUUUUUUUGUUUUUUUUUUUUUUUUCGUUUCAUUUUUUUGUUUCUUUCUUUUAUCUGUUAUGACAUGUAGUCUGUUGUUCUUUUUUAUUAUAUUGCUCAAUAUUCUUCUACCUUUCUUUUCUUUAGGUCUUUCUUUCUUUUUUCUUUUUCGCUCUUUCCAAGCCUACAGUAUUUUCAGCCUUACUUUAUUUUCUUUCUUUCUUUCAUUCGUGUUGAUCAAUGAAUCAUUGCUUUACCCUGAACAUAUCUUCUUCUUCCAUGUAGAGUUUAUGUAUUUCUUUCAAUCGUUUUCGUAUUUUUCAUUUUCUUCAUUUUGUCUUUCACUUUCAUUCAUUUUCUUUCUUUCUUAUCUGUUAUUGUUCAAACAUUUUUCUUUUUUCUUUCUCUCAUUCAUUUUUAUUAUUCUCUUCAAUCGACAAUAUUUAAUCCUUGCCUCCAUUGCAUUUUCCUAUAUGUUUUGUCUUUCUUUUAUUUUUCCUAUUUCAUUUGUUUCUGCUUUCUUUUCCUUAUUCCCUUUCUUUCAUUCGUUCCUUCUUUAUUUACUUCAUUUAAUUCUUCAUGAAAUUUAUCUUCCACUCCUAAUUAUACAUUAUCUAUCUAUCUAUCUAUCUAUCUAUCUAUCUAUCCCUAUUAAUAUCUAUCUAUGUCAUCCUGUUAAUAUCUAUGUCAUUAUGUUAAUAUCUAUCUAUCUAUCUAUCUAUCUAUGUCAUUAUGUUAAUAUCUGUCUAUGUCAUUAUGUUAAUAUCUAUCUAUCUAUCUAUACUAAUAUCUAUCUAUCUAUGUCAUCCUGUUAA